ACCAUUCUACUGAUUCCGCUCCAGCCAUUACCAUGGGCCCGUCCUCCCCAAUUAAGGUGCACCAACCUCCUGUGCUUUCUAUCCUCUGUUGACUCUUACAUCACCACUCACUGUCACCAAACUCGUCACCAUUGAAUGUCACACACGUGUACACGUGUACUGUGAGCCACCCAAAACUGAUCUCCAUUCAGUUUCAAGCACGUCUGCAACAGUAUUCUGUUCUUAGGUUGUUCACGUUCACUUCCACCCUGCUGACAGCUGGAAAUGUUUACUCUGUAUCUGUAAAGGCCCUUUACGUUUUUUCGGGUGUGUGAAAGUUGAACGAACAUGUAUGUAUGUAUGUAUAAAUACAUUUCCAAAACCCUUUUGAAAACUGGACCUUUUUAUCUACUACUAUGCUAAAUGUACGAAACAUGUCCAGAUGUAUUGUAGAAACGUAUACGAGAGAAAUAGGUAUGAAAAAUUUCCGAAACAAAAAAUACAUUCAGAUAUAUCUUUCAUGUUUGCAGUAUAAAUGUAUGUAUUUUAAUGGUAAAUAAAUUAUUAAAAUAAUAGUGUCUGUCCUUUCUCCAUGACGUUAAUACAGAGGAUACUGUAUGUCACUGAUCUUCAGUGACGGUGUUGAAUCUUAUGCAAACCACACACAUGCAAAUAGUGACUGUUCUGUAAUUUAGUUCCUGAAUGAUAUGGUUUUUAAUGCCACCUCUGGUCCAGAAGUACCCAUCACGAACCUGGAUACAGCUAGGCAAAGUUGUCCAUUUCAGGUGAGUGUAUUUUAUUAAAAGAGUCCGAUUUCAAUAAAACAGGACUUAGAUUGAACAUACCCCACUACUAGAAUUAUAGGCUGCAAUGAUUUGUCUUUGAUGGGGAGACUUAUACGUUUUAACAUCACGUUAAUGUUGAAUACUUUAUAGACUACAGUUUGGGAAUGAACAGUACCAGAGUGCACACAGUAGCUUAUUGGCUGUUAAGUGAUGAUUGAAUGAUUGAAGUGGCUCCACUUGUAAGAAGUGAAUUAGCCACUUAGAAUAGAAGGAAGUGCAAAGAUAUUAAAGCGUAUUUCGAAGCGAGUUGAGGGAUGUGUGGGGGGGUGGUAUUUCAUAUUUUAUUUCAACAAGUUGGCAUUGGGGAGGCAGGUAGAGCCAAAAGUUAGGAAAAAGUAACUAUCCAUUGUUGUUUGUUGUUGCUUUUUGUUCAGGUUCUUCGUCCUUAGUCGAGCGGCCGGCCAGUCACCAUGGCAACGAGCGUGACAAUCAACAACCAACAGUCUCAGCCUCCUCAGCCCCAGACACCAGCUUUCAUAGCUGUCCACUCUAACCAGUGGAGCACUGGCAUCUGUGGCUGCUUCGACGACUUGCAAGUCUGCUGUUUUGCUUACUGGUGCUUCCCCUGUUUCGCCUGCACCACCACCUCAGAGUUCGGAGAGUGUUUCUGUCUCCCCCUGCUGGAUAUUUUAUGGUCCUCCACCCAGCUGGUAGGGGUGCCAACCUGCAUUCCCCCUGUGUCCAUGUCCAUGAGGGUGGCCGUGCGUAACCGCUAUGGCAUUCAGGGUGACAUGACAGCGGACUGUGUGUACUCCACCUUCUGCAACAUCUGCUCCUGGUGCCAGAUGGCCAGGGAGAUCAGGAGACGCAGACAGACCUUCACCGUCAUCAACGCCCAGCCCACCAAUGCUCCCGGUCAGCCCAUGUUGAUGGCCUCCCAGCCUGGAGUCAUCAACGCCCAGCCCACCAUGCUGCCUGGUCAGCCAAUGUUGAUGGCCUCCCAGCCUGGGAUCAUCACAUCUCAGCCUAUGAUUACCUCUGCCCCUCAGCCUAUCUUGAGCACUAGGUUCAUGUAACCUUUGACCUUUGACCCAAGACACACAAACCUCACUGGGUUAGCCAUGCCCUCUGGUGGUGAUAUUAUAGAGGUGAUGUAAUGGAGGUGAUGCACAAUGUAUA